AUGACUACUAGCGAAUUUUCCACUAAAGACCUUGGAUCUCUGAAUUAUUUCUUGGGCUUGGAAGCCCAUCGCACUUCUUCUGGUCUUUUUCUUAGCCAGACCAAGUAUGCUCUUGAAAUCCUACAACGUGCCCAUUUAGUUGACUCCAAACCGGUCUGCACUCCCAUGGUAGUCGCUCAACAUCUUUCCACCACAGGUCCCGAUUUUGAUGACCUACAUCUCUUUCGGUCACUUGUGGGAGCUCUCCAAUAUCUUACCAUCACUCGACCGGAUAUCACUCAUGCCGUAAGUGUCGUAAGCCAGUUCAUGCACAAGCUUUCUAUCUCUCAUUUUCUGGCAGUAAAAAGGAUACUACGAUAUAUCAAGGGAACUCUUCGAUUUGGCUUAUCCUUCACUCCAUCUUCUUCUCAGGAACUCCUUGCUUAUUCAGAUGCCGAUUGGGCUGGCUGCCCUGAUACACGUCGCUCAAUUUCUGGUUAUGCAAUCUAUUUCGGUGACACUUUAGUGUCUUGGAGCUCCAAGAAGCAGCCGAUAGUUUCACGCUCUAGCUGUGAAUCUGAAUAUAGGGCUUUAGCAAUCACAGCCUUCGAGGUUAAAUGGCUACAACAUCUCCUUCAAGAUCUUCGUGGAGAACUCAAGAUCCAAUAUGUCCCCACUCACCUACACCUUGCAGACAUAUUCACCAAGAGUCUUGGUCGACCUACCUUCAUCUUCCUACGUCCUGAGCUACGCGUCCAUGAUUUUGAUACGCUAGGCUUGCCGGGGGGGAGGGGGAUGGUUUGUAUAAUUUUGGUUUUUGAUGUUCUAAAUAUCUAUGGAUGGUUUUUAAUGUUUUGUUGUAUGUUUGAGAUUUCGAUAUCAGGCAUUUCUGGGGGCGGUGGCGUGAAUAUGGUGAUGCUUUUUGAAACUGAGAUUAUUAUCUGA